AAACCAUCUCAUCAAUUUGGCUAGCUCUUGAAAAUAGCAUCUUCUUCGAGUUGCUCUAACGCUGAAGUACAGUUCUGAAAGCAUCGUAACAGACCCGAGAAACCUAGUACGGCGCAUUUUGUAGCAAAUCAUAAAAUAAGAAUUAAGAGUUGUGUUUGGAGUUUGGAGGCAGGGAGACCGAGAGAAAAAAGAAAAACACGGAGCAGAGAACAUGGAGGUGGACAAAGUAGAGACUCAAAACCAACAACAGAAACACAAGCAAGUACAUCUGUUUUACUGCUUGGAAUCCGAAGAGCUUGCCCGUAAAGUUGCCGGUCACUCUGACCUCAUCACCCUGCAAUCCAUCAACUGGAGGAAUUUUGAUGAUGGAUUUCCUAACCUUUUUAUAAACAAUGCUGAAGAUUUGCGGGGUCAGCAUGUUGCCUUCCUUGCAUGUUUUAGUUCCCCGGGAGUUAUCUUCGAACAGCUAUCUGUCAUUUAUGCGCUGCCACGUCUGUUUGCUGCUUCUUUCACAUUGGUGUUGCCUUUCUUUCCAACUGGCUCCUUCGAGCGAAUGGAAGAAGAAGGGGAUGUUGCAACUGCAUUUACCAUGGCAAGGAUAUUGUCAAACAUUCCCAUUUCAAGAGGUGGCCCCACUAGUCUAGUCAUAUAUGACAUACACGCACUGCAGGAAAGGUUCUAUUUUGGGGACCAAGUUUUGCCUUUAUUUGUGACUGGGAUUCCUCUGUUAAAGCAACGUCUUCACCAACUUCCUGAAUCCGAUAAGAUUGCUGUUGCAUUUCCAGAUGAUGGAGCUUGGAAGCGAUUCCACAAGCUGUUGGAUCAUUUUCCUAUGGUGGUAUGUGUGAAGGUUCGUGAAGGUGAUGAGAGGAUAGUUAGAAUAAAGGAGGGAAAUCCUGCUGGUUACCAUGUUGUCAUUGUUGAUGAUUUGGUACAAUCUGGAGGCACACUUGUUGAGUGCCAGAAAGUAUUAGCAGCUCACGGUGCAGCAAAAGUAAGUGCAUAUGUCACCCACGGUGUCUUUCCUAAGCGCUCUUGGGAGCGUUUCACUCACAAAAAUGAGGCAGGCAUGGAGGAUGCAUUUGCCUAUUUUUGGAUAACAGAUUCCUGCCCUCACACUGUGAAAGCCAUAGCAAAUAAGCGUCCAUUUGAAGUUUUGAGUCUUGCUGGAUCCAUUGCUGAUGCUUUACAAAUAUGACUAAGAUACUCGAAGGGGUUGCACUGUAGGAAUUGAUACAUACCUUUGUCGUCCUUAUGGGGAGCUGGAAGACAAUCUGAUAGUAAUAAAUUUUGAAGAAAGCCUGUGGGCAUGAUCUUUAUGCCACUUGAUAUAGUUGGUUGAUUGUGCACUCCUAAGAACUAGAGUAUACUACUACAUAUUUACAUUUGCUUGACUCGGUGAGUUUUAAACCUCAUCUGCCAUUGAAAAGCAUCUUCUCGUUUGAAAA